AUGGCUGCUAAUCGCGCACUUGGACGCGAUAUCCACAUCUACGAUGCUAACGACCCAAUUACUGUUCUCGGAGGCUUCAUUCGCAGCAACGAUAUCACAAAUGCGAACUUGUACGCGAUGCUAGAGGUCUUCUUGUUUUUUGACGGCAACUAUCAUCUACAGCGUGAGAAUGGUACGGAUGUUCAAAGAGAUGAACAGGCUCUGCAAGCUGGUAAUUACUAUAUUAUCACUACAGGCUCUAUUUCUAUUAGCAAUGAAAUUCCUUUGCUUCGUACGAUCUCAGUGAAUAGCGGAACUCAUGUUGCAGUGUUUCGUGAUGCUGUCCGUGAACGAGACCGACGAUGUGUUAUUUCAGGACGCAGAGCACAUAGAGCUCAGUGGGGUGACUAUCGGGGUUUUCAAGCUGCUCACAUCUUUCCUUUGGCAUAUGAAGGGUACCGGGUGGAACAGAACCACGGCCGCUGGAUCACUGUUCAGCCGGAAAACGCUCUGUCGAUUAAUCCUGAUGACAACUACAUGAUUGCCAGCUUUGACGGUGAUGGACUUGGUGUGGCAGGAAGGCAUCUCGAUCAGCAACUUCUUGAGGAUCCGUGUCGCCCAGCUGAUCAACUUUUGCAUUGGCAUUUCAGGCAGGCAGUGUUGACAAAUAUGAAGGGAGCUGAAGAGCCUAUUUUCGAGCACGACUUUCCACCUGGUUCGGACAUGAUGGGAGAGAUCAUGGAGGGCCCGAAGGCUGCGGAGAGGAUGGAGUUCGAGCUGUUAAGUCGAUUGGCAGCACACCGAUUUUGUAUGACUUUAUUGUGA